CCUUCCCUCCCACCUCGCGGAAUUGUGGCGGGAGGGGGAGGAGAAAGUCAAAGCGCCUGCGCGGAGAGGCCGCUUUCCAUCCGGGUCCCCGUCCGUGCGGUGCAGCAGGUCGGUAGGCGGGAAAUGGCGACUGGCUGAAGGAGCUGGUUCUGUUGCUGCUGCGGGCUAAGCGGGAAAGACACCACGCGUUGCGCAGUCGGGACCAUCGCCGGAGCCUGAGGACACUUCUCUGUCGUCACAGUUAGUUUUACAUGUGGCACCCAUAAAAGAUGAGGCUGAGAACACGGAAAGCUUCUCAGCAAUCAAAUCAAAUCCAAACACAACGCACUGCCAGAGCAAAGAGGAAAUAUUCAGAGGUUGAUGAUAGCCUGCCUUCAGGAGGAGAAAAACCACCGAAGAAUGAAACUGGCUUGUUGUCUUCAAUUAAAAAAUUCAUUAAAGGAAGCACACCCAAAGAAGAGAGAGAAAAUCCUUCAAAACGGAGUAGAAUUGAACGUGAUAUAGAUAAUAAUUUGAUCACAUCAACACCAAGAGCAGGAGAAAAGCCUAACAAACAGAUAUCUCGAGUAAGACGGAAAAGUCAAGUAAAUGGAGCUGGUAGUUAUGAAAUGACAAAUCAACAUGUAAAACAAAAUGGAAAAUUAGAAGAUAAUCCUUCCUCUGGCAGUCCUCCAAGGACUACAUUGUUGGGGACCAUAUUUUCUCCUGUCUUCAACUUUUUUUCACCAGCAAAUAAAAAUGGAACAUCAGGAUCUGAUUCCCCAGGACAGGCUGUGGAAGCUGAAGAGAUAGUAAAACAGCUUGAUAUGGAACAGGUGGAUGAAAUCACUACCAGUACUACUACAUCAACUAAUGGAGCAGCUUACUCAAAUCAAGCAGUUCAAGUGAGGUCAUCAAUAAAUGGUUUAGAAGAAGCAGAAGAAACAGUUAAUCGUGAUAUCCCACCCCUUACAGCACCAGUAACUCCAGAUAGUGGUUAUUCAUCAGCCCACGCAGAGGCCACCUAUGAAGAAGACUGGGAAGUAUUUGACCCCUAUUAUUUCAUCAAACAUGUUCCACCACUGACAGAAGAACAACUAAAUAGGAAACCUGCCCUUCCACUGAAGACAAGAAGCACACCAGAAUUCUCCCUAGUUUUAGACUUGGAUGAAACACUAGUACACUGUAGUUUAAAUGAGCUAGAAGAUGCAGCACUUACUUUUCCAGUCCUUUUCCAAGAUGUCAUUUAUCAGGUUUACGUGAGAUUAAGACCAUUCUUCAGGGAAUUCCUGGAAAGAAUGUCUCAGAUGUAUGAGAUCAUUCUUUUUACUGCUUCUAAGAAGGUGUAUGCAGACAAGUUACUGAACAUACUAGACCCUAAAAAGCAACUGGUCAGGCACCGGCUUUUCCGUGAACAUUGUGUUUGUGUACAAGGAAACUAUAUAAAGGACUUAAAUAUCCUUGGAAGAGAUCUUUCAAAAACUAUAAUAAUUGACAACUCACCACAAGCCUUUGCAUAUCAGCUAUCUAAUGGAAUCCCUAUAGAAAGCUGGUUUAUGGAUAAAAAUGACAAUGAACUUCUAAAAUUGAUUCCAUUUCUGGAGAAGCUAGUAGAACUGAAUGAAGAUGUUCGACCUCACAUCAGAGACCGAUUUCGCUUGCAUGAUUUGCUGCCCCCAGAUUAAGUACAAAGACUUGUCAAAUCACUGAAGGGGGAGAGAAUGCAGGACCCUUUUGGACUAAGACAAAAACAUUGCCAUUACUGUUGAAAUUUUGCAUUUUUGUACCCCGUCUUGCUUUUCUUAUCUUGGUGCCCAAUAAUAAUCAAGGGUUACAGAAAGAGACUUUAUCUCAGAUUGAAUACAUACAGUAGGUAGGCUAAAACAGAAGAGUCUUUAGAACUAGUGCAACUUCCAGUGAAAUUUUUUUAUGUACAGGACAUCUGCAGUUUAUAAAGAAUUCUGUUUCUGCCACCAGCAGUUUGACCUGUAGUCACACAGGAUUUUAUGAUAAUAACAGAGAUGAAAAUGGACUUUUAUUUUCUCUCUGUUUGGUGCUCUAAGUGGGUUUGUAGCCACUUUUCUGUUACUUUAAAAUUCUCAUUUCAACAGGAAUGGCCAGUAAAAGUUGUUUUAUUUUUCCUGUUAAGGUUUAUAACCUUUUUACAUUUUUGACCUGUAUUAGAUUAGAAUUUCAUUAUGCAUUCCUUUUAGUUGAGGCGCUUCAUAGUUUUCUGGAAAUAGUCAAUUUUUAGUUUUUUAUUAUACAUUUGAAUGGCCGUUUUCCUGCUUUGUCUGCCUGCAUAUUGUAUAUUUGUUUAAAAAUAUUCUCUACUUUUAGUCCAUGUAAGUUUCAUUUAGAACAUGCAUUUAUAUUUUGUUUCUGUAAUAUUCUACUGUAGGUGAAAUCUUUUCAAAAAUCAAGAGACUGGGUAGAUAAGAAUAUAUGAAUGACUAAUAUUCAAAAGAUUUAAACCAUUGUGAUGGCAUGUGUUCCCAAGUGGUAAUAUCUUGCAGUGGCACACAGAUUUGAUGGAUAAAAGGUAUACCUCAGACUUCACUGUGCUCACCAAUCUUUGAGGAGAAUGAGUUUGGUCACCUGUUGGGCUUGAUUUGGUUACUGAUGCCUUUGGUUUUCUCCAGGAAUGAAGUAUUCAGCACAGUGAUUCAGUAUUUUUAGUUAUUUUGCAUGGGCUGGUAGUACCUCUGUUAUGCUCUCAGUUACAAUCAAUUAAAACUCUGUGUAACAGUCUUGGUACCUUACAGUAGCUAUGCAUAAUCCUGUGGCACAGUAAACUCCCAAGCCACCAAUGCAGUUAAUAUGUUCUCAUAGUGGUUUUCUAUGCUAUAUGAAAAUAGUCUUCAAGCCUUGGUUCUCUAAUGCAGCUACCACAAGAGGUUGAUAUUUUUAUAGUGGCGUGUAAUCUCUUUUUCGGGAGGCUUUUUAUGGAAGGUAGAAUUUGUAAAAGUUAGUAUGCUUUGCCUCUCGACUGCAUUAUCAUGCCACAGGCUCAGACUGUUUUUGUGUAAAGGAUGUCAAAGAACGGCACUUUUUCUAAAGAGAAGUUUGAUAUUUUGUAUGCUUGUUAAGAAAGUACAGUAUUGGAAAUUAAAGGUGGACAACUGAUAAUUGAGGAGUAUGUCACUUAAUUUUUUAUGUAUAUUACCUGUUUACUUGUACAACUUAUUGUACAAAUUACAUGCAGCUUCAUUUUCAAAUGAAUCCUUAAAAUAAGGAAAUCUUUUUAGGAAAACAUUUAAUUUUUGUAUUUUUGAUUUUAAAGGCAUGAGUUAUGUCAAUUUUCAGUGUAUUAAUGAAGAUUUUAACUUUUCAUCAGGUUGAGUGUUUUCUUACUAUAUUAUCUGUUGUGUAUGUAGUUAGCAUAUUGUGUCACUGAACUGUUUAAAAAUCUAGCAUGUAGAGCAAGCCUGUUUUGUGGAAAAUCCUUAUUCAUUAAAAAAAUAAUCAUGGCAGAUUUUCUGCAAAAAAAAAAAAGCAAAAGCAUUUGCAAUUCAGAAUACUGGGGGUUUUUUUGUUUGUUUGUUUUUAAUUUAAAGAAAGGUAUUUUGCUUGCAGGAAAAAAUACUACAGAUUCAUUUUAAUGAGAAUCUUUGAAAUGUAUUUAUCUUUAGGGCAUCUGGGCAUCUUUAUGCUGUUUGUCUUCUGUCUUUCUUGAAAUAAAAUGUACAUAUGUUACCUUUACAUAUGCUCUUGCUCAAAAUUGUGAACCUGGUUACAUUUCUCCUUGCUCCCUUUUUAUGUUCAAACAGCAAAACCCAAAACCUAUACAGGAUCUAAAUUUUCAGCUUGCAUUAUAAUUGCUGAAAGCUUUUCUGAUUAAGUAACUACAGUCUCAACGGGCUUUCCCACAACUAAAAGGGAAAUGUAAGCACCUAUAUAUACCACUGUGCCUAUAGGCACUUUAAAAACAACUUUUAAUCAUCUUUUAUUGGUAAAGCUGUUUUUGAUCCCCUGCUAGCAGAGCUCUUUUAAGUUGACUGACAAAUGAAUCAAGCCUAACAAGAUUCUGUAAAGAAAUAAACUAAGGGAGAAUUUUAUAUGGCCUGAGAAAAUUUCUUGAGAUCAAUUCAGUCUCUUUUUCUUCAUUACUUGAUUUGAGUCAUUUUAAAUUUGUUAUUAAUACAAAAUUUAAAAUAAGUUAUAGAGACAGUUAUCCAGCUUCCUCCACUUUAAAAUGUGUUAUCUUAUUACCCCUUCUUUGCUUUAUCUGUUGGUAGAUAUUACCUUAAACAUUUCCAUUAGUUAAAUGGAGGUGUUUAUGAAUUGAGAUGUGCCCAGCCUCUUCAGUUCACACAGAAAACAUGAACUCUUAAAAACUGACUAGUAAAUGCAGGAGAGAUGGAUACCUGAUAAGACACGGCAAAAGUGACCUAUAUACACAUUACGACUCUGAAGUACAUAUUAUAAUUGUGAUAUUUCCAGUGGUAAAUGUCUGACUUUUAAAGACAUUCUUUUAAAUAUUUGUAUUAUUGUUAGGAUGUUUUAAUCAGUUGUGUUUUUUAAUUCCAUGUAAUAUAUGUAGCCCUAAUCAGAUUUAUAGCACCAUAUUUCUCCUUGGGUCUUAAAAGAGAGUUGACAACAAUUUAAAAGCAUAAAUUGUUUUAUAUUAGCUAGUAUGUAUAUUUAUUUACCUGAUGGCUUUAUCUUGUUUCCCAAAAUUUUGGGGGCAUUUGUUGAAAGCAUUGUAACUUCUAUAAAUGGCUAUUUUCUUGUA